AUGGCUUCUCAGCCCCAGACAGGUGACUUUUGCUUGGAGUGCAAGUGGGAAGGAUUUCAUAUCGAUGGGAAGAGUGAAGAACCGGCGGGCGAACAGCCUCGGGCUGAGUGGACACACUCUGACCAAGAGCAUCACGCUGCUGUCGACCACACGAACUGCGAGGUAGACGAAGCUUGCUGUGACGUGGAUGAUUGUUCGAUAGACUGCGGGUCGGUAUGCGAUGGCUUUGUGGACUGCGAUGCCUCGACCGUCUGCUCCGUCGCCCAUUGCGACGACACUCACUGCGACACGGACCACUGCGAUACGGAUCAUUGCGAAGGCGUUGACCCUAACUGCUUCGAUGACCCCUGCUGCGAAGGAGUAGAUGAGCAUAACUGCGAGUUCGAUGCUUUCUUCGGUUUAAAUUCGCCUCUAUCAUUAGAUACACCUGGUAUAUUACCGACAGUUCCUAUGAACCAGCACGCUGUCGCUGAAACGGGGAAAUUCCUCGACCAUACCUUGCCGGGGAUCAUAGAUCCGUGCUAUCAUCAAGACUUUCUAUCGUCGUAUCAGACACAUGCUACUCAUUGCGAUCAAAAUGUUGCCAACCAUUUCGAGUGCCAUGACUUCCAGAAGGAGUUGCAGGGGAUCUUUCCACUUCCGCAACUUCCCACGCAAACGGAUGUCAACCCUACGGAUGUCUUUCAAAUGCUAGGAGUCUGUCCAGACUAUUCAAUCCAUCAUGAUCCCCAUCUAUGUCAUGAUCAUACAAUGCCAGCUCCCCUUGAGGCCCCUAAACCUAACAUACCCGAUCCCCUGAACUGCUUCCAACCUCACCCGGAGCAUCAUCACGUACACCACCAACACAACCACUUUAAAAGCCCUAAUGAUCUGGAUCUUCACAUCGGCCAUGGGCCUCAUCGCAAUCAUCACCGAUGCCGCGGCCAUCAUCAUACCCACGCUCAUCCUUACUCUCCUUACUCUCGACAAUCUCGAUCUAGUAUUAGUUCGCAAUUCCUUUCAAGCCCCGGAGAAACACCACCUCCGUUAGACGGAGGCGUUUCAUCGGUGUUGACUACUCCCGACUUCUCAGCGGAGGAUAAUGACGUUUAUAUGUGCAAAUGGACAAUGGGGUCAAAUGGUGUUCGGGCUCCUUGCGGGGCAACAUUCCGCUGUGCUGGCGCUCUUCAAGACCAUCUUGUGUCCAGUCAUAUGAACACAGUUGAAGGUGCAAAGGGAAAUGGUUAUUACUGCUGCUGGGAAGGAUGCCAUCGUCCAGAAGAGCCAUUCUCACAAAAGUCAAAACUACAGGGACAUUUUCUUACACACAGUAACUGUGCUCUGUUUGCGGGAAGUCCUUUGCUCGUCAGGCAACAUUGGAUCGCCAUGAGCGCAGUCACCGCGGAGACAAACCCUAUAGAUGUAAAGACUGCGGGAAAACGUUUACUGAUAGCACCCACGGCGAGCGCAAACACAAAUGCCUAUAUCCUGGUUGCACAAAGAGUUUUACUCGACCUGCGCCAUCAGCGUACAACCCACAAAGAACCAUCCUCGACACUCCCAUCACCUAGUCCUGACCACUUUACCCUCACACCCUUUACCAUGGUCUAA